AUGACCGAGCAAUUCGAAUCACGCCUCAACGUCGAGACUGAGCCCAUCGUUUUGGGGCCAGUCUCUGUCUUGCCAUUCAUCCCUGGAUCCGGAAACGUCUUUCCCAAGUACGUGGACGCCAUUACACAAACAGGGUGGGAGCUCUGGUUCUUUGAUGGUAUCUCUGCUGACAAAGCUGCCAUUGUGGUGGGCUUCGGACGGAACAUGGAGGGUCCAAGGCAGGCCCCAUUCCGCUGCCAAGUACUCUGCAUCUGGCCUGAUGAGAGCACCUGGCACCGCGACAUGUACUUUUCCGACUCUAUUGUCACCACUGUGGGAGACGCCGGAGAUGUUGUGGGCGUCUGGAAGGAUCCGAUCAAGAAUAUGAGCGCGUCAUUCCAGGUCCCUGUCGAUUCUUCGUGGGCCAAGUUGACGUUUGCCAUCCCUGGCGUCCUCGAGGGCAAUGUGAGCCUGACUUCUAUGCCUGGCGAUACUGGCCUCAAUACGCGACCGGAGCUAGGAUUGUCAGUGAACUACAUGCGACCGAUUGGACGAGCUUAUGUUACGGCCGAUCUGGAGUUCUAUCCUCCCGAAAGCAAUACUCCAAAGUCCUUGGUCUGGCCGAUGGAUGGUGGCGCAACGGGUGGCAUGGAUCGUGUUUGGUCGCCACUGUCUUGGGGUCAAGUCAUGACAGAGUCGUACUAUCUACGUGCUCACGUUGGACCGUAUGCGAUGCAGAUUAUGCGCAUCUUUUCCGACAUGAAAAGUGGUAAUCAGCCACAUACGGUGGCCAGACUGUACCGUGACGGAAAGCUCAUAUGUGCUACCCAAGAUGUUGUAGACGAGACAGAUGGCGAGGUGCCCCGAGACUCACUCGUGUUGAGCAAAGUUCUUGGAGCUCCAAACGAUGCAGGAUUGACGGGCGCCUUUCGCGACAAGAACAGUGGUUACACUGUUCAUUUCAUCCAGGGCGGCCCUAUGGGGCAGCGAUGGACAUUUGAUGUGCGUCACGAGAGGACAAUUUGGAACCUGCCCACUAGUGCGCCAGGUCCGAAUGCGACUGGCAAUACUGGAUUCAUAGAGUCUCUCGAAGGAGGUUCUCAAGGGGAGUCCUUCAACGGUGUCGGAACUGGGGGACAGUGUCAGCUGAGCUGA